AUGGCACUCUGAAUGUCUUCCCUCUCACGUGAUUCGCUGAUCACGUGAUCUUUCUAGCUAAAAUAAGAAAGUUGGGGCUCGUUGGGUAGUUCUUUCUGGCGGUAAACGUUCAUCAAUAUAAGACGAACCCGCAGGCAUGUCCACUACCUCUCAGAAGCACAGGGACUUUGUAGCAGAGCCCAUGGGAGACAAGCAUGUCACAGCACUCUCUGGAAUUGGAGGGGUGCUUGGGAAGAAACUAGAAGAGCAAGGAUUUGAUAAAGCAUAUGUUGUCUUGGGUCAGUUUCUUGUUCUGAGAAAAGAUGAUGAACUCUUUAUAGAAUGGUUGAAAGAUACUUGUGGAGCCAAUUCCAAACAAGCCUUCUCGUGUUACACAUGUUUAAAAGAGUGGUGUGAUUCCUUCCUGUAAGAACUGUACUGUACCCCUGCCACCCAAGUACAUUUUCUGUGGCUGGGAUAACCGGAACUCGUUGAAAACCUCCACCAAUUCCAUCACAACUCUGUCAGUUCUAUGGUCCUGAAUAAUACUGGAAUGCUGUUAAAAGUUUGGUUUGUUGUGAUUAAAACAUGACUUCAGAUUUUUUUUAUGAUGGAUUCUUAACUUUAUACUUGUAUUUUUUUUUUAAGUAAAUAAAGCAUAUUGUAAAAGGCACCAUGUACCCAACUUGGCGUUUGUUUGUUUAGCUUGCCAGGUUAUAUAUUGUCAAUGUAAAGCAUCAUACUUUGUAUUAUGUAAAUUCCCCUCUAAUAUCAAAACUCAAAUGUUAUGAAUCUGCAAAGCACACAAAUUCCUUCCUGUCUACAAAUGCAUUUUGAUUUAUGCUCUAUAUGUAAAGAAAAAAAAAACUGAUUUUUGUAAAUUUUUGGGGGGUAAUAUGUAAAACUUGCUCUUGGGUCUGUGUUUUGUGCACUUUCUUUCUUUUCAAUGCUCACAUGUAAGUUUUAAAUAACAUGAGCCAGCUGCAACAUUAAACAAAAUUAUACUGUUUA